AUGUUCGAUAAGAUCAAAGAGAUUGAUUUGGCUUGCACUAACCUUCCCCUGCGUUCAUUCUCUCUCUCAUAUGUUCCCAGUUCUUUUUGUGCCCUCUCUCUCGCUUUCCCCUGCUCUUUUUGUUCUCUCUCACUCGCUUUCCCCUGCUCUUUUUGUUCUCUCCCUCUCUCUCGCUUUCGCCUGCUCUUUUUGUUCUCUCCCUCUCUCUCGCUUUCCCCCUGCUCUUUUUGUUGUCUCUCUCGCUUUCGCCUGCUCUUUUUGUUGUCUCUCUCGCUUUCGCCUGCUCUUUUUGUUGUCUCUCUCGCUUUCGCCUGCUCUUUUUGUUGUCUCUCUCGCUUUCCCCUGCUCUUUUUGUUGUCUCUCUCGCUUUCCCCUGCUCUUUUUGUUCUCUCUCGCUUUCCCCUGCUCUUUUUGUUCUCUCUCUCGCUUUCCCCUGCUCUUUUGUUUCUCUCUUUUUUCCCCUGCUCUUUUGUUCUCUCUCUCUCUUUGCUUUCCCCUGUUCGUUUUGGUUUUUCUCUCUCUCUCUUUGCUUUCCCCCUGUUCGUUUUGCUCUCUCUCUCUCUCUUGCUUUCCCCCUGUUCGUUUUGCUCUCUCUCUCUCUUGCUUCCCCCUGUUCAUUUGCUCUCUCUCUCUCUCUCUUGCUUUCCCCCUGUUUUGCUCUCUCUCUCUCUCCCUUGCUUUCCCCUGUUCAUUUUGCUCUCUCUCUCUCUCUUUUCCCCCUGUUCGUUUUGCUCUCUCUCUCUCUCUCUCCCUUGCUUUUCCCCUGUUCGUUUUGCUCUCUCUCUCUCUCCCUUGCUUUUCCCCUGUUCGUUUUGCUCUCUCUCUCUUGCUCUCUCCCUUUCUUUUCCCUGUUCUUUUUCCCCUGUUCUUUUGCUCUCUCUCUCUUGCUUUCCUCCUGCUCUUUUUGCUAUCUCUCUCUCUCUCUCUUGCUUUCCUCCUGCUCUUUUUGCUAUCUCUCUCUCGCUCUUGCUUUCCCCUGCUCUUUUUGCUCUCCCUCUCGCUCUUGCUUUCCCCUGCUCUUUUUGCUCUCCCUCUCGCUCUUUCUCCUGCUCUUUUCCUCGCUCUUUUUCUCGCUCUUUUUCUCUCUUUUUUUCUCGCUCUUUUUCUCUCUUUUUGCUCUUUCUCUCCUUCCCCUGCUAUUUUUGCUCAUUCUCUCUUGCUUUCCCCCUGCUCUUUUCGCUCUCUCUCUCUCAUUUUCCCCUGCUCUUUUUGCUCUUAUUCUUGCUCUUUCUCUCCUUCCCCUGA